CUAUCUACCGAGCCGCAAUUGAAAAACGCUAGUGCAUUAGUUUUUGUGAUGAAAAAUUCAUAAAUAAUUCUAUGAAUAGUGAAAUUACACGAUGGAAUAUAAUUCUUCGAACUGUUCUGUGUCAUUAAUAACUUCACAUAAUUAUAUUGCACGGAUGUUUUGACAAUCGAUGUUUUACUGAGAGUAGCAGAUUUUGUUUAUGAAAUGGGUUACAUGUUUUUUUAUACUAAUAACGAAUGUAGUUCGCGAUUAAUUUAGUUUAGAGUAGAAUAUUUUAACUAAAAUUGAAUAUGGAAGAUUCAAAGAAAAACGACCCAGAGGUCAUAGUUCCAAGAAGACGAAAGAAAGUACUACCACGGGACAAAACUCCGGAUCCAAACCUACGAAUUAAUCGCUUGUCAAAAUGUUCAGACUCGGAAAACGAAUCAAUUGAAAAAACUAACGAUGACAGAAACACGAGCAAUCACAAACGGAAAAUACUCGAAAAGAAAAACAAAACCAUUCUUCAAAGAAGAAGCAUGUCAAAUCCUAGAGUUAUUGACAACCAACAACAGUCGGAAUUAUUUCAAUUGCUCAAAGCUGCGAAAAGAAGUCUUUCAAGUCCUAGAGAUAUCGAUAAUGCUAAACUACCAAAUUCUGAUAAAAGAUCUACUCCAAAUUUAGUACACGAAUCAAAAAUUUUAAGUAAGUCUAGAAAUAGUGAGAAAAGAAACGUGAAUGCCAGUAAACAAGGUAUAACAAUUUCAAAAGAAAUAACAAAUAACAAUACAGAAAUAUCGAAGCCCGGAGAAAAAACUAUGGUUUAUAAUGAUAAUUACGAAUCAUCGACCGAAUCUUGUUCAAUUGGUGAAAGUGACGACAUAACCCCUGCAAUAAUGGAACCAGUUAUUAAAAAAAUUGAACCGGAAAAAACUAAAGCCGAAAUUAGAACAACUAACGCGGUUAAAACAUCGCCAGGAAAACAAGUUAAACCUACAAAGAAAGAUUCUGAAAAAUCCAGCUACAUACUUUUAAUACGAGAUAGUAGAAUAUUAUGGAAACAUUUCAAACUGACUCAUAGCUCCGAAUGCAGGCGAAUACGAUGUUUAACAAACAAAUGUAUAUCGGACAUGAUAGCUAUGUUGAUAUUUUGUGGUUGCGGUGGCAUGAUAUUCAAAUUCACAGAAGGUGCAUUUGAAAACUUUUACAAAUGUGGUGUGAAAAGGGUAAAACGAGAUUUUAUCGAUCAGUUGUGGCAAACUAGUAUGCACAUGAGGGAGGAAGAUUGGAAAUCGCAAGCGAGGCAUAAGCUCCGAGCUUUCGAGGAAGAACUGCACACUGCUCACGAAGCCGGAAUGAAAACGUACAGUGGUCAGAGAGGAUGGAGCUUUCUCAACGGGGUCGUAUACUGCCUGACCGUCGUUACUACGAUAGGGUACGGCCAUAUUUCACCUGUGACCACAACCGGCAGGGCCAUAACUAUUGCGUACGCUAUAAUUGGCAUACCCAUGUUUCUCAUUUUGCUAGCCGAUUUUGGCAAAUUGUUCACGAGAUGCAUUAAGUUUGUGUGGGCCUUCGUACGAAGAUUGUAUUACACGGGGUCGUGUAAAAAAGUUCGACGAACAGCACCUGUUCAGGAGGUUAUGAAGGGUUUCAACAUGAUCAACGACCUAGCACAUUUCAGGCGUCCGAGUCAACCGAGCGGGCCCAAUAUGACAAUGACCGAUCCAGAAUUGACGCCUUCUGGUGGCAUGCGCCUAUCGCAAUCCGCCCCCAGUGGAAUGCCACAGACCCUUUACCUUACAACCCCCUCGGCAGGAGCAGAAACGCCACAAACACCAGCGCCGUCCGCAUUCGAAAUAGACGAUGAAUUUAAUUUGCCAAUAUCAGUCGCCAUUUCUAUACUAUUAGUUUAUAUUUUCAUAGGGGCUACUAUUUAUUACAUAUGGGAAGACUGGGGAUUUUUCGAAUCGUUCUAUUUCGUAUUCAUAUCGAUGUCUACCAUCGGUUUUGGUGAUUUUGUACCACAGCAUCCCAUUUAUAUGAUGGCAAGUAUAGUAUACUUGGUGUUUGGAUUGGCUUUAACAUCUAUGUGUAUUAAUGUUGUCCAAGUAAAACUAAGCGACAGCUUCAGACAGGCCAGUGCAAAAAUAGGUGCAACCAUUGGUUUGAAAAUGGCAGAAGAAGAAGCCAGUGCACAAGGCACCCCACCAGAGGUGGAAAUUGCAGAAGUUCAUGGCAGCACUUCCAAAACGAGGAAAGAUCAGGUGCCAAAAAAAUUGAAGGUGCGUGCUGGGAGCUCGUAUAGUUCCAAAGGUGGAAUGGUUCACAAAGUGUCACAAUUCUACACGCACCCUUCAUAUGAUACAUAUACCAUUGACUACGAUUAUGCAAUUUUAAAACUUUCGACACCUCUCAUAUACACAACAAAGAUAAAGCCGAUUAUAUUAGCCCAGGCACGAGACAUAUUAACGCCUGGGACAUUACUGACUGUGUCUGGAUGGGGUUCAACGGAGACAGAGGAGGUGGAGGAUACACUGAAAUCAGUGCAAGUGCCCUUCAUAUCUUGGGAGGAUUGUUUAGACCUCUAUGGUAACCAAAUCACACCAAGAAUGUUUUGUGCUGGUUACGUAUGGCAAGGCGGCAAAGACGCUUGUGAAGGAGAUUCAGGGUACGGCCAUAUUUCACCUGUGACUACAACCGGCAGAGCCAUAACUAUUGCGUACGCUAUAAUUGGCAUACCCAUGUUUCUCAUUCUGCUAGCCGAUUUUGGUAAAUUGUUCACGAGAUGCAUCAAGUUUGUGUGGGCCUUUGUACGAAGAUUGUAUUACACGGGGUCGUGUAGAAAAGUUCGACGAACUGCGCCUGUUCAGGAGGUUAUGAAGGGUUUCAACAUGAUCAACGACUUAGCACAUUUCAGGCGUCCGAGUCAACCGAGCGGGCCCAAUAUGACAAUGACCGAUCCAGAAUUGACGCCUUCUGGUGGCAUGCGCCUAUCGCAAUCCGCCCCCAGUGGAAUGCCACAGACCCUUUACCUUACAACCCCCUCGGCAGGAGCAGAAACGCCACAAACACCAGCGCCGUCCGCAUUCGAAAUAGACGAUGAAUUUAAUUUGCCAAUAUCAGUCGCCAUUUCUAUACUAUUAGUUUAUAUUUUCAUAGGGGCUACUAUUUAUUACAUAUGGGAAGACUGGGGAUUUUUCGAAUCGUUCUAUUUCGUAUUCAUAUCGAUGUCUACCAUCGGUUUUGGUGAUUUUGUACCACAGCAUCCCAUUUAUAUGAUGGCAAGUAUAGUAUACUUGGUGUUUGGAUUGGCUUUAACAUCUAUGUGUAUUAAUGUUGUCCAAGUAAAACUAAGCGACAGCUUCAGACAGGCCAGUGCAAAAAUAGGUGCAACCAUUGGUUUGAAAAUGGCAGAAGAAGAAGCCAGUGCACAAGGCACCCCACCAGAGGUGGAAAUCGCAGAAGUUCAUGGCAGCACUUCCAAAACGAGGAAUAAAACUUAA